GAAGCAUGGUUUUCGACAGCCACGUUUUUUUUUUAACAGGAACUGGUAUGGGCUCCCUGUGUCGCUGUCGAUAAUUGCCAGUUCAAUGGCGGAGGACGCUCCUGUAAACUUGGCGUACUUCUCGAUGAAACCCUUUGAAAUGAAAAUAACGCAAUGGUCUAGGAGUGGCAUGUAUAAAUAGAAUGGAUUCUCACACCCCAUUCUCACAUGAACUGCGUACAAAUUCAAAGGAAAGGACCGCAACCACUAUCAACAAACCCAAGAAAAGUCGGUCGAAAGUUUGGGAAAAAGUUGCUUGGUUUACGAGAAAGACAAAAACUAGCAAAGACAGUAAAUCAAACAGUUCACAAGAAACACAAAAAGAKUGUCCUAGCCCGUGUUUGAAACGAAGACAGUUUAACAAACUUGAUGCUCGUGUGGUUGAACUCCGCGAAACUUCUUGCACUAGUCAUUCUCAAAACAUAAGCCCUAACAUCGUUAAAGCAAAGUCCAAAUCAGGAAUUAGAAAAGCCAGAAGCUUUAACUAUUUAAAAAGAAAGAAACUAGGACAUCAUAACGAAAAUGCUGAGUGUAGCAAGAGCGAUUUAAUCGAGAAUAAUCCACCAGCUGAGAUGGCAACAGGGACAUUCUGCGACUUCGAGUCAACUAGAAGAAGGACAUCUCGCACUAGUAGUGCAAGUUGCUGUAAUUUAUUAAAUGAGAUUACUAGAGAAGCUAACUUAAAACGUCAAGGUCAAGAAAAAGGCAACGCGAAGAGCUCGUUAUCAUUACCAAUGAGUUUAUUGUCAAUAGGUGAAAAUAGCUCAAGAGUAUCAUCCCAAUCUAACUCACAAUCACUCUUGCACGAUCGCAUGGGGCCAACAUACAAUAGCUGGCCAAGAAAAAAACGAAACUUUCGCUCAAACCAUUACAUUGAAGCCUUUUCUCCUCCUCAAAAGCAAAAACGUAUGACGACUUUGCGAAAGACAGCGACUUUCAAUGGUUUUGACAAAUUGAGUGUUAAUGAAGAUAAAAUGAUAAAUUACCAUAUCAAAAGCACACCCACYUUGGACUCUCAAGACAGCCARAUUAGAAAUCAAAAUGGGUUAGAUAUAGGUGUUAUCCACUUUUUCAAAAGUCCUAGUAUAUCAACUGUGAAAACUACUAAUGAAUCAGACUGCUCUGGAGUCAAGUGCGCUGUGGAAAUUGUCCACCAAUCUGAAAGAAACAMCCAGCAUGAUGACAGUGAUGAAUUUUACAUGAUGAAUGCUCACUCAAGUUUAUGUGAAUUUUUUGAAUCCAAAGACUGGAGUAAUGAACAACUAGAAUUAUUUUCACAUGAAUUAAACUGCCCUAGUGAUGAACUGUCUGAGCAUUCUAAUAGUAUUAUUGAACACAAGAAAUCUACUUGUCCUUUUCCAGAAAGUCUAAUUGAAAAUCACUCAAAAAGACCUCUUGAAAAUGAAACCUGUAGUCCAGAGGAUGACCAGGAAAAGGCCAUAAGCCUUGAUGGUGUGUAUCAGAUUAAGCCUCACAUUGUUGAUGACAAAAAGAUGAAGGUAGAGAUACCAUCGCACAUCAAGCAUUCCAGGCCAGAGAAACAUUUAGAAGUUAUUCAGGAAGUUUCUGAUAGUAUUGCUGAAGAUAACAGCCUAUAUACUCGAAUUUCCAGUAAUGGUGGUACUAUAGCUGAUAGCAAUGAUGCGCAAUGCACAACUGUCAAUCAACAGGUGCACACUCUACCACCAAGCAGUAAACUUGUUGACGAUUCAAGUCCAUCUUAUGGAAUCCCUAGAAUCAAUGAGAUUUCAUUUGAUGAAUGUCUCCUACAAACCAAUGAGACUUGCUCUCACCGAGACACCAAUGAAGCUGUAGAAUCUGUUAGCUGUUUUACAAGCGACAAUGGAUUGCAAUAUGAUAAUCUUGACGACAAAUUGAGUCUUCCUGGAUUCAUUAGUGAUGCUAAUAUGUUAGCAAACACAAACAUUUCUACUGAUAUCAGUGUAUACUGCAUUAAAAUUGAAGGCCAAGCAACUGACUUUUUAGAGAAGAAAGACGAGUAUCAACAUGUUUUACCACAAAAAACGAUUACAGUACAUGCAGAAAAUGGCAAUAUUGAGUCYUUAAAACAARGUGAAAAUACAGAGGAAAGCAACUUUGAAAAUAUAAGCAAUUUAUCAGCAGUAAAUAAUUAUAACCUGAAAGACUUGGAUAAUUCCUUGUUACCUUCACUAGAAGAAGAAGAAGAACCCAAAGAGGCUAAUCUACCUCAUUGUUCAUAUUCUGACAGUUCAAGCUGCAAGGAGUUGGAUUUCAAGGACUGUUUUGACAUAUCUAGUGAACAAUUCACUAGUCAAGCAAUUUUGAAACAAAAGAUACCCAAAGUUGAUGGACAGAAAUUUAAACAAGAUACAGAGAUAAUGCUUGAUUGGUUUUCCAACUUCAACAAUGAGCAGAAGAACAUCUUUGUCCGAAGGCUUCUGGAAAAAUGUGAACUUCCACAAAUGCACAUGCUGUCAGUCAUAAUGGAGUCUGCACUACACAAGACCUGUCCAUCAAACUGUCAAGACAUGCUAGCAUGGCUACCGCAUCCUGUUACAGAGAAAAUCCUAUCUUUUCUUGAUCCAGUGAGUUUGUGCCAGUGCAGUCAAGUAAACAAGCUAUGGAACAAUUUAGCCAGUAAUCAAGUAUUAUGGAAAGGACUCUGCAGGAGCAAUGAAUGGCAGCUUUCUAGAAAUGCAGCAAAGAAGCAGAAUGCAAAAUAUACUCUUCCAUCAGGGAUUAUUCAGUGGAAAAAGAUGUUUGCUGAGCGAUUUCUUCUUCGGAGAAAGUGGUUGAAUGGACGAUGCAGAGUGAGGACAUUUGAAGGUCACACACAAGGGAUAUCAUGUGUACAGUUUGAUGAUACACGCAUAGUUAGCGGUUCUAGCGACAAGACAAUAAAGGUCUGGGACCUGAGUCUAGAUGAUGGCCAUGCAGUCCUUACUCUUGCUGGGCAUUCUGGGACUGUUCGGUGCUUGAACUUAAAUGGAAACAGACUUGUUAGUGGAUCAGUUGAUAAGUCAAUUAAGGUAUGGGAUUUAUCGUUUGAGUCUUAUUGGAGUGGAGCAUCUUGUAAAGUAACAAUGAUUGGUCACAUGCACACUGUGAGAUGUCUSCAAGUCGAUGACCAGAAGGUUGUUAGUGGUUCAUAUGAUAAAACAUUAAAAGUCUGGGAUAUWAAGACAGGACAUUGUAAACUWACACUAAGAGGUCACAAUGCAGCAGUUUUGUGUGUUCAGUUUGACGACACUAAGAUUGUAUCUGGUUCUUAUGAUAACACUAUCAAGGUUUGGAGUCUACAGGAAGGAGAAUGCUUAAUGACGUUGACAGGACAUCAUGAUGCCGUGACGUGUCUUAAUCUUACCCAGGAUGGUAGGAAGGUCAUUAGUGGGUCAUUGGAUCACAAUCUGAAGUUCUGGGACUUGGCAACUGGGAGGUGUAUUGGUACACUUGACUGGAUCAGAUCUGAAGGUCACACUGGUGUUAUCAGGUGUUUGCAGUCUGAUAGCUGGCGAAUUGUUAGUGCAGGGGAUGACAAGACACUCAAGAUGUGGAGUUUAGAGACUGGUCAGCGACUGCUUACAUUACGUUGUCAUACAGAUGGRGUGACYUGUCUCCAGUUUAAUGAUUACAUGAUUGUAUCAGGAUCCUAUGARAAAACRGUCAAAGUGUGGAGCUUUACACCUGAACAUGAAUUCCUUAAUUCAUCAUAGCACAAGGCAAUAAAUUGUGGGUACUCUAGAUAGUUUAGACUAGAAAUCAAGCAAUGUACUAACAUUAGCCCAAUGAAGAUUCAAGAUCAUUAUGUUGAAUGAUCUGCAGCUAAACCACCAGACUACAGAACAAUCUUUUAGGGUUUUUUUUAACAAAUUGGAAGUAAUGAACAAUGAGGGAUUGAUGCGCAAUACAAACAGCUUUAUGGUAUUCAGUCUGAGUGCUUGAAGAAUAAAUAUUUCAAUGGUUAAUGGCCAAUAGGCUGAAUUAAAUAAAUUUAAUAAUAGUUAAAACUGAGUUUAAAAAUUGAYGUAGAUAUUUAACUAAUGACAAUUUAAAAUAAAAGAGUAUAGUCACAUUAAAAAUGAAUUAUUUUCAGAAAAAAGUGAUUAUCUAGUAAGGACCAGAGACUCUUUAAGAGCUUUAGAAAUUAUAGUUGAAUUGUAAACAAUAUUCCUUUUCUUUAAUCAAACCAUUAAUAUUAAACAGUUUAAUUGUUUAAAAUAUSGAAGAUUAUUGGUUCAGUAAUAAACAAAGAGGUUUCAAA